GCGAGCGGUUGUCGAGUCGACGGCUACGUUGACCGAUUCAUGGCGACCGCAACAUCCGCCACCUACUGCCGUUUACCGCUUUCUGACACCGCGUGGCUUCAAGUAGAGACGACGACACGACCAAACACCAUCGUCGACCCUCCCUCUUUUUGUUGCAGGCAUAUUUCCAACCACAGCUAUAUCGGAUCCAUGACACACUCAAUAGGUGAAAAGAAGGUAAUCAAGAUUGAUGUUAGUUCAGACACAGUGUGCCCUUGGUGUUUUGUGGGCAAGCAGAACCUUCAAAAGGCUAUGGAUUCAGCAAAGGAUCAAUUUGAUUUUGAGGUAAGGUGGCAUCCAUUCUUUCUCAACCCCAAUGCACCAAAAGAAGGAGUGAGAAAGACUGACUUUUAUAAACAGAAGUUUGGGCCUGCACAAUAUGAGGGAAUCAUCUCACGGAUGACAAAGGUAUUUCAAAGCCUUGGAUUUCAGUAUGAUACUUCUGGGUUGACGGGAAAUACAAUGGAUAGCCACAGGCUUAUAACAUAUGCUUCAACUCAAGGCUAUGACAAACAAAAUGCUCUUGUAGAGGAGCUGUUUCUCAAUUACUUCUGUCAGGGAAAGUAUAUUGGAGAUAGGCAAGUUCUUUUGGAUGCUGCACAAAAAGUCGGCAUAGGAGGAGCAGCAGAACUGCUUGAAGACCCUACAAAGGGGAUCGAGGAGGUCCAGGAAGAAUUUGAAAAGUAUUCCUCAGGUAUCAACGGAGUCCCGCACUAUGUGAUAAAUGGGAAGUACAAGCUCAGUGGUGGCCAACCUCCUGAGGUGAUCCUGAAAGCAUUCGAAGCAGCUGCAAAUGAUGCCUCUUUCUAAUUCUACAACAGCCCGCUCAAUGUCUGCUACAAGCAACUUGUUUGCUAUACAAAUUUCCAGCAAUGAUUGAAGUAUAAUAAGCUGAUGAACUCUAUUAAACACUACUGUCAGUUCCCUUUGGAGAUCUGUGAAUGCUUAGGGAUAGAUGUUGUGCCUAAAGGUCUCGAUGCCUCUUGAUUGUUGGGUUCUCUUCUAAUGAUGUAUGCUUGGGGAUUUUUUUUUGCUUUACUCUGGCCGUCUUAUGUAUACAGUCUUAAUGAUACUAAUAAGUUCCAAACUUGGUCACGAA